UAAAUAAGAGGGAGCUGCUGGGUAGUCAGGGUGAAGACUGCAGUAUCCUUGGAAGCUGUUCAUUGUAAUACAAGAAGAUGAAAAUCAUACUUUACAUGUGUUUGCUACUGGUUGGUCUUCAUGCUGUGGCUCAUGGUCAGCUCACUUCCGAGCACAAUAAGCACGAUCCAAACAAAUACGAGCACCAAACAGAUCAUGCAGGUGAAGUGAUGAGUUGCCUCAAACUAGUACCAAACAAUGCUGACUUUGCAUUUCAGUUUUUUAAAGAGAUUAGCCUGGAGACACCUAAUAAGAACAUUUUCUUCUCUCCUGUAAGCAUCUCCACUGUCUUUGCAAUGCUGGCCUUUGUUGCCAAAUCAGCCACUCAGACUCAGAUCCUGGAAGGACUCACCUUUAACCUUACAGAGAUGCAUGAGAAGGAAAUACACGAAGGCUUCCACCAUCUCAUCCAUAUGCUGAGCCAUCCUGAGAGUGAGGUCUAUCUUGACAUGGGCAAUACCAUAUUUCUAUCCGAGAAGUUGAAACCAUUAAAAAAGUUUUUAGAUGAUGCCAAAGCUCUGUAUGAAAUGGAUGCCUUGACUGUUGACUUCAAGAAUCCUGCAGAGGCUGAGAAGCAAAUCAAUAAUUAUGUAGAGAGGAAAACACAUGGGAAAAUUACCAGUUUGGUCGAAGAUAUAGAUCCACAGACUGUAAUGCUUCUGGCAAGCUUCGUUUUCUUUAAAGGCAAGUGGGAAAAGCCUUUUGAGCUCACUGGAGAAAGAGAGUUCUUUGUGGAUGAAGAAACAACUGUGAAAGUCCCUAUGAUGCACCUAACAGACAUAUAUGACUUCUAUUUUGAUGCAAAGAUUCCUUGCACCAUAGUACGGCUUCAUUACAAUGGGAGUGCUACAGUAUUUCUAGCUCUGCCAGAAAAGGGAAAAAUGAAGCAUCUAGAGCAAGCCCUGGUCAAGGAAACUGUCCAUGAAUGGUCAAAAAAGCUCUCCAAAAGGAGAAUAAGCCUGUACUUGCCCAAAUUUUCUAUCUCUGGAAACUAUGACAUAAAGAAUAUCCUGAACAAAAUGGGAAUUAUUGAUGUGUUCACCAACCAGGCAGAUCUGUCUGGCAUCACCGGCACCCCAGGGCUGAAGGUUUCUAAGGUUGUCCAUAAGACUGCGCUGGAUGUUGACGAGACAGGUACUGAGGCAGCAGCAGUAAGCUUUGCUAGAAUAAUGGCCAUUUCUUUUCCUCAACACAUUGAAUUCAUCCGUCCCUUCCUCAUGCUGAUUUUUGAUAGAGCUACAAACAGCACCCUCUUCAUAGGAAAAAUAGUUAACCCUGCUUUACAUUAAGUGAAGUUGUGUAUGAAUU